AUGGCCAAACUACUCGCUCUUCUCCAAUAUUUCUUCCUCAUUCUCACGAUCACUUUCUCCACGGCAAAAUCCCACAGUUUCUCCACAGAAUCGUCCCGAGAAGCACUCGGACUGAUGACGACACAGGAAAAAAUAACCCACCUCCAUUUCUACAUGCACGACGUCUUCGGCGGCGCCAACGCCACCGCCAUCCCCGUCACCAAGAUUCUCGACAACAACACGUUCUACGGCGGGAUGUUCGUGGCCGACGACCCGUUGACCCUGGGGCCCGACCGGGACUCCGGCCCGGUCGGGACCGGUCGGGGAACCUACACGUUCCCUUCCCAGAACGACUUCGUUUUGGAGAUGGUGUACAAUUUGCGCUUCGCCCACGGGGGCUACAACGGCAGCUCGCUCUGCCUGCUGGGGAACAUCUCCCCGGCGUCGAUCGUGAACGAGGUGGCCAUCGCCGGCGGGACGGGGGUCUUCCGGUUCGCUCGGGGAUACGCCGUCGCCAAGAGGAUCGUGCUCGAUUUCAAAGCUCAGCUUGUUGUCCGGGAGUUGAACGUCUAUGUUUCCCAUUAUUAA